AUGGGCUGCGUUCAGGCCAAGCCUCCAGAGAGCUCAGAAUCUAGAGGCUUAGGCAAGUUGAAACAAGAAAAUGGCUACGUCGGAAGAGGUGGAUUUGCGGGUCAUCGACGAUCAACGGGUCAAAGGGACAUGCAUAGGGGCUCUGGAAAGGAGAACAAUAGGGCCGAGUCCAGGAAGCUACAUGUUUCUUAUGGUAAUAAAAAUGGGGAUGUAGGAGAUGUUGGAGGAGAAGGGAAGUUGAUUGGUAGAGAAAGAGACGGAGAUGGUGGUGGUAAUGGUGGAAGUAUGUCACAGAGAAUAUCGUGGUUGAAGCCAAUCGAAGAGAUUGAGUUGGUGGAUGGAUGGCCAAAAUGGCUAACUGAUAAUAUUCCAAGACAGGUUCUGACUGGUUUGGUUCCAAGGAGUGCCGACUCCUAUGUUAUGCUUACUAAGGUGGGACAGGGAACUUACAGCAACGUGUAUAAAGCUCGAGAUAGAGACACCAACAAGAUUGUUGCUCUAAAGAAAGUCCGUUUUGACACGUCUGAACCUGAGAGUGUUAAAUUCAUGGCGCGAGAGAUAAUGAUAUUGCAGCAGCUCAAUCACCCCAACAUAAUAAAACUAGAAGGAUUGGCUACUUCAAGACUGCAAUACAGUCUGUAUCUGGUUUUCGAUUUCAUGCAGACGGAUUUGGCAACAAUCAUCUCUCGUCCUGAAGGAAAGCUUACUGAAGCGCAGGUCAAAUGCUAUAUGCAUCAACUGCUCUCAGGGCUGCAGCACUGCCACGAUAAGGGAAUUUUGCAUCGAGACAUAAAGGGAGCAAAUUUAUUGAUAGAUAAAAAUGGGAUGCUAAAGAUUGCAGAUUUUGGGCUUGCAAAUUAUUACACUCGAAACCGUCGUCUCACAAACCGAGUUGUGACACUUUGGUACAGAGCCCCUGAGCUGUUAUUAGGAGCUACUGAUUAUGGUGUUGGUAUUGAUCUUUGGAGUGCUGGAUGCCUCUUGGCAGAAAUGUUUUCCGGGAGCCCAAUAAUGCCGGCUAGAACAGAGGUUGAGCAACUUCACCGGAUUUUCAAGCUAUGUGGCACACCUUCAGAUGAGUAUUGGAAAAAGUUGAAACUAUCUUCGAAAUUCAGAAUUCCACAAUUCAGACCUAGUCUUACAGAGACUUUCAGCGAGUUCCCUGCAUCUUCUUUGGGUCUGUUGAACACUCUUCUUGCUCUGGACCCAGCAUAUAGGGGCUGUGCAUCCUUAGCUCUCCAAAAUGAAUUCUUUCACACAAGUCCAUUGGCAUGCGACCUUUCAGAUCUGCCUGUAAUCCACAGCAAAGAUGAUGAACUGAAGGAGGCCAAUGAAGAGAGAAAGUACAGGAAUUCUCGAAUGAAACAUCGGUCCAGGACAGUUCGUGAGCGCAGGAGAAAAGAUCUAGCCACUGAAAAGCCUAAGGAAGAUAAAGAAUAUCCUCCAAAGAAUCUGUUGUUCCAGGAGCAGGAGAAGACUGCAGAGCUAGAUGUACAAUUCCAAGAGCCGGAUAGCACUACCAGCAGUGCUUCCUCUGGUGUAAAGCCAGCAAGCCGUACAGAGAGCCCAACUUUAACUGCAAGUAGUACCUCGUCUGUUGUAAAGCUCUCCAGCCAAACAGCGAGCCCACAUUUCUCGCUCUCCCCAGAUGUUUCUUUCAAUCCAAGAAUGUUACUGAAUACACAUCAUGAGGUUCAUCCCAAUUCUAGCAAGAACACCAGGAACCUGCCUGCACUGCCCACCUCUGCAGUGAAAGACAAUGACAUGUUCAGGUUUAAGCCUGUCCAUAGGUCUGCAUCCACAAGAGAUUUCAGAAAAACAGGUCUAAGAAAUCAUUUUGAUCAUGUCUAUGCAAUUGAUGAUUAGGACACUUGAGUGACUAUAAAUAGUUCAGACAAGUAUUUUUUUCUCAAGUUAUUACAGACUAUCUGUGAGUUUCAUAACCAUUUUUGUUUUCUCCUUUUUGGGCCAAAAAGAAUAAACAUAUGUUGUUAGUCAGAAGAUAUUCUGCUACAAGUGGUCACCUGUUUUUGGUGAUAUUGUAGAUUCAGACAUGACAAUGUUCUGCUUUUUUGUUUAAUAUGACAUGCACAAGAUCAAUGACCUUCCCUUACCACCCGGCUAAAAAAUAUCAAUUACCAUCCUGCUUAAACUAGUGCCUUGCUUAGAAAGUAAAAAAAAAAAAAAAAUCAACUCCUCGUCGUUUUAUGCCAAUCAACAACGUCGGUGCAAUUUAAUUGAGAUUUAACUCAUGAUAGGCUUGAGUCCAACAGACAGCAAAAUCAAAAUAUAUAGGAGUGAUGAGGCCGAAUUAUUAUUGUACUUUGUUAUUACUGAUUUCCCCCUAGAGAUCAACAUCAUCAUCAAGACAUUUAUGAUCAUGUCUUGAGUUUCCGUACGAAUAAACAUAAUCCAGGUCUGUCAAAGCUUAGGCUAAAGUACUUGUGUGUUGCCAAAUCUGAAGUACCCAAAGUAUACCCAAAUCCAGGAGAUGAGUUUUGGUUUGCCCCCCUGGCCUUUGCCCAGCCUUGAACAAAUUUUCAGGGAUGAAACUCCUUAUCCCAUCACCGUUUAAUUUCUGUCUUCAUGAUUAGAUUGCAUGCUUCUAGAUCGAGCUUCCUUAUUAUAAGUUAAUAGCUCCAACUUCUGUCAGCUCCAUAUUAUAUAUAUGUGGAUAAGAUCAUUGUGGCUUGUUGACAUGAUUUAGGCCGCGUGUGAUCACGACCCAAUUAAAUUAACUGACCUCCAUAUUAAUUCAAUUUUUGUGUCCAUCACUUUCGCAUAUAUGCAUAGAACAGUGAACAGAAAAUGGUUAAAACUAGUUUGAAAAGAAAAAACUCUGAAGGAUCGUUAAUAAAAUCGUUCUAAUUUUUGGUUUUUUUUUUCCUUUUUUAUUCCUAAUCAUAUAUAAGAGAAAAAAGAAAACACAACUAAAUAUAUGUCACCAAAAACCAUAUUACACCCCAAUACCGUACUCUCGUACUGUGAUGCAUGGAUGGCAUUCUUUUUUCGACACAAGGGACGUUUCACACUUGUAAUAUGAUCAAACAUCAUGACACUUUUGACAUGAUGUUUUUCAAUGAGGGAAUAAUUCCUCUCAAGAUCUCUUCCUUUUUUCUCCACUCUUUUGAAGAAAAUUUCCCUCGAUCACCAAAUAUCAAACAAGACCACGAAACAAAAUAUACAGAGAAUGAGAAGUGAGACCUCAGAGAGAGAGAGAAAGAGAGAGAGAGAGGUUACAGAUCAGAGUACUCUAAAUUACAUGACUGAUCAUCACACACCAUAACGUAUAUCGCUUAGCUUGCCUUUGAUCCACUUGAGGCUGUUCCUUACAUUAGACUUAAGCCUACCUUCCAAGGUGAAGACGUUAUAAGAAGCAAUCCUCCUUUUCCUCUUCAGCUCUGGAUCACUUGAGGUAGCGAAGCCGUUUCCCUUUUCACACGGCCCAUUAAAGUUGUAGGAGUUUGCUUGUUCCCGAUCCUGGAACCCAAAUUCCCCGGAAUAUGACGAGGAGUAUUCUGGGAAUGACCUGCUCUUUUCCAUGGCCAUAAACUAACUCAAUUUGCUAGGAAAAUGUAUUCUCUGUGUUAUAUAUAUAUAUAGGGUCGUCGAGUCGUCGGUCGAGACUCGAGAAGGAUCAGAAAUGCUAGCUAGAGAAAGGGUUGUGAUCAGCAUCAUUAAUGAUUCGGUGUGGUGGCGGUCCAUGUGUGAUGUU